ACACGAGCCGUGUGACUGAUUCAGUUUUUAUCAGGCUGUAGGAGUGCAGGAAAGAGAGCCGCCCCCCUGUCCCCACUCCAAAAUGAUUUGUUGCAUUGAAAUGCCUGCGCGGGGGCGUUGUUGGUUUUUUUGUAUGGGCUCAUGCAGUACAUUAAAAACAGCAUAAUUAACUGCUGUUGUCCCAUCGAGGCUAUGCGGUUACUUGUUUUCUUCCCAGAGUGGAAACAAUAAAACGAAGAAUGUUAAGAAUAAACUGCAAAGUUAACAAAUGUAAAUCAAAAGGAAGCAAUGAUAUUUCAAGUAACACAUCAGAACAACAAAAAAGACCCCAAAAAAGAUGCUUUAAAUUACAGCCUAAAAGUCCUUUUUUCUCUUUUUCUUGCAGACUUAAAUCCUAAUCAAUGUACUUUCUUUAAAGUUAUUUUUAUUCACUCUAAAGUUGGUAUGCAAGUUCAGAAGUUUUUUUUUCCUAUGGUCCACAUAUCACAUUCCACGACAGUGUUAUUUGUGUGGUUUUUGAGGCAUGGCCUUAAAUACUUACUAUAAAAACUGAAUGCCUAAACCAAGAGACCAGCUUCAGCACAGGCAUAUUUGGUUUAAUACACAAAGGAUGGACGUACCAACGCCUGCAAAGAUAGGAGAUUGGCUUAUCAGAUAGAAAAGGAGCAUGUCUACUUACUGUGCUGGAUGCUAAUUUCUUGAAUUUUUUAAUUUUGGAAAACAAGCCUGAUUUGAGAAUGGAGUUGAAGCUGGAAUUAAUGGUGCUUCUUAUUUUGGUGUCAACAGGCUCAUCGGUUGCCCUGAGCAGCAGGGGCUUCACAGAAGCAGUGGAGUAUCUACAAAAGUUUGGGUAUCUUCAUAUCCCACUGGACAGUAAAGAUGUUAACUAUCCACCUGAAAAAAUAGCUGAAGCUCUGAGAAUCUUUCAGAAAGUGACAAACAUGCAGAUGUCAGGAAACCUGGAUUCAGCCACCCUGGCAAUGAUGAAUAGAGCUCGAUGUGGCUUAGAGGAUUCAUUCAUUGACAACUCUCUCAGUUACAGAGUCAUGGGCUACUGGCGCAAGAAAAUGCUAACGUACCGCAUUUACAACUACACUCCUCACCUGGGUCUCGAAAAGACCCGUCAGGCCAUCCAGAGUGCUUUUAAAUUAUGGAGUGACGUGUCACCUUUGAGAUUCAAGGAGCUUCAACAAGGACGACCUGACAUCAAGAUCUCCUUUCACAGAAAAGACAAGUCAUGCCCCGUGCCGUUUGAUGGCCGAGGCCGUGUUUUAGCUCACGCUGAUGCCCCUGAGUCAGGCAUCGUGCACUUUGAUGCAGAUGAACUAUGGACGGAGGGGAAGAGCCAUGGCUUCAGCUUGAGGAUUGUGGCAGCUCAUGAGAUCGGCCAUGCUCUGGGCCUGGCCCAUUCCCAGUACUACAGUGCACUGAUGGGACCAAUCUACAGUGGAUACCGCUCUGACUUCAAGCUGCAUCCAGAUGACAUAAACGGGAUUCAGUCUCUGUAUGGAAAGCCAAAGAAGAUCCUGUCAUCUGGAACCCUUCAUCAGCCAGUGCCAGCAGGGGUUAGGCCUGAUCCUUGCAAGGCCUCUAUGGAUGCGGUCAUGUUGGGUCCAUCUAGAAGGACAUAUGUUUUCAGUGGGCAGUACGUGUGGACAGUUUCCAGCUCCAGCUAUAGCUCUCCCACUGUAAUUUCUGCACUGUGGAGGGAGCUGCCAGGCAGCCUGGACGCAGUUGUUCACUCUCAGCGGACGGGCAAAUCCUACUUUUUGAAAGGAGAAAAAGUGUGGAGAUACACAGACUUUAAGCUUGACAGUGGCUUCCCGAGACUUUUGACCAACAUACCUGGAAAUAUCGACUCAGCCUUUUACUUCGCUAAAGACAAAAAACUUGUAUUUUUCAAAGGUUCUGGAUACUGGCAGUGGGAUGAAAUUGGUUCAACAAACCUCAACUCAUUCCCAAAACCAAUAGGUCAUCUCUUCCAAGGAGUUCCCAGCAACAUCGAUGCUGCUGUGGCAUGGACUGAUGGCUACUUGUAUCUGUUUAAAGGCAGACAGCACUGGCGCGUGAAUCUGCAGCGGCAGACUGUGGACGAGGACUCUCCUCAAGACACUGCCUCACACUGGAUGCAGUGUGACGACUGAGCCACCAGAGGCCACUAGGGACUUACCAGAUCUGGGGGAAAAAAAGCUUCCUUCACGUCCCUCAAGGAGGUGUUCAGUUUAGAAGCUUUCACAGUUGUCACUUUUGAUCAAAUUUAGCUAACAGAAUUUUGGACUGUCAGGAUAUUUCACUGCUCCACACUUUCAGGAUUAUUUAAGAGAAUUUGACGACAUCAGAAAUGUGACAAAUAUGUUUUUAUCCCGUUUCUUGGUUGUUCUGCGCCAUUGUGCCCACACUCCUUACUUUAUUAAAUACAAUGAGUGUAUUCCUGAUGUUUACAGAAAGUGUUUAUCCCUGCAAAUAGAAUCAUUUCUAGUUUUUUAUGAGUUAAUCAAGAGCAAUAACCCGUGUUUUGCUUUGGGUUGUGUCUGGAAAGGCCUAAACAGGUGAAAAAAGGGAAGCUUGAGAGUCUUUAAAGGAUGAGGAUUAGCUGCUGAGAAAGUCAGGCACGUGAGCGUAAACAAACCUGCAGGCAGAUUAGAUCAGUCAGCUGGUGAUCCAGGAAUAUACACGUAGCAUUUUCUUUGUUUACUGUUAUGGAAUCAUAAAAAAAAAGAAGUAUAAAAAGUUG